GCGCACGUGUUGGUUUCGCGGCAAAAAAGAUUUCGCGCGAAAACCGUCAGGGGCUUGUUUAGAUGUAGAUCAGCUGAGACAAUAACAACAAUAAAGGACGAUAACGGGGUAAUGACGGCGGUUUAACGGGUGGAUUGCGGCCGGGGUGAGCAGGCGAGGUCCACCGAUUGUUAUGUUGAACCGUGCGCUUGUUUUUCGCCGCUUUAUGUGCUUAUAUUUCCAGUUUUGUCGGACUGCUUCCUGCGUGCCCCAACAAAACAAGGGGAUUGAACAACUGCCGCUAAUAAGUUAGCUAACAUGCUAAUCUGCCCUAUAUAUUCAUAUUCGACCACAUGUAUGUACUAUCCGCUGGACUGAUGCUCGCUUUUAUAGAUAUAGUCUCAAAGAUUAUUUUAAGUUCGCGUGAUGCUUUUUUGCGGCGUGGAUAUUUUGUUCUGAUCGCUCACUUCUGUAAGCUGCUGUAAAGUUUUAAUAGCCUCUUAACUUCGCUCGGUGUUUAAUACAAGGAGAAGUAAUAUUGUUCUACCGGCGUGACCUGCGAGUUUGGCGGCUGCUCGAGUUUGUUUUGUGACCCUGUUCGAGUCUUUGUCAUUUGGUUGGAAGCUAGCUCGUUAGCCGGGGUGGUAGCUGUUCAGGGGCAGUGUGGCCAGGCCUCGGCUCUACUGUACUGACAGGAGAGAUGAAAACAAAAGGUUAGCUUGCUCUCUUUGCUAGCUUGCCAGAGUGGAUUUCUCCCACGGCCAGUUUCGGACUGGUUCUCUGAUAACUUAUUCGCGGCGGAGCUUUUAUAGUAUGCAUUUAGCAAUAUUUCAUGUGCCAAAUUUCCCGUUUGGCAGCACACCCUGGCUUGCUGUUUCAGCCUCAGCCUGAGUUUUAGGACGUGGCUUUACAUUGCUGUGGUGUAAUCAAAAUGUUUAACAAAAUAAAACAGUUUAUGAAAUGUUCCACCUGCUAAUGAACUCAUUCGAGACAGUUUUCACGAGAAUUCACCCUUGUUGCCUUUAUUCACAAAAAAAAAUGGCAGAUGUGAGUCGGUGCUGAUACUGUCAUAACAGCACCUUAGUUUAUAACCACCACAACCACCGCCACCCAAGUCCAGUGAAGAGGGGCUCCUGGUGACACACUGCAAUGUCAGAGACUCUGAUAACAGGGCAGACAUCGGAGGAUCUGUUAGCAGACUUUGAGACUUUGCUGAACUCUGGGAGUAUCAACUUGGACGAGGACCACCAGAUAGUGAUUAUCACCAGCCCCAGCAAUGAAGGACUCCACCCAGCCCCUGCCCCGACAAGCACGGGGGAGAUCCUGCUGUUCGCCACUCCGCAGGGCCCAGCUGACGUAGGGAUCCAGGACAAGAGGAGACCACCUCUGGGAAGGCCACCGGUAAAAAGGAAGUUGGACCUGGACAGUGACCAUCAGUAUGUCAGCACCACUCGACCUUCCACAGGCCAGGCACCGCUUUCCACUCCUGCUCCUCCCAGAGUUCCUCGGAACACGGCAGAGAAGUCUCGGUAUGACACUUCUUUGAACCUGACCACAAAGCGCUUUCUGGACCUGUUGUCCCAGUCGGCCGACGGCGUGGUGGAUCUGAACUGGGCGUCUCAGGUGCUCGAUGUUCAGAAGAGACGCAUCUACGACAUAACCAAUGUCCUGGAGGGGAUCCAGCUCAUCUCCAAGAAGUCAAAGAACAACAUCCAGUGGCUUGGUAAUCGCAUUGAUGCGGCUCUGGUUUCCCGCCAUAAGGAGCUGCAGAGGGAGGUGUGUGACCUCACAGAUGCUGAGGAGCAGCUGGAUGAGCUCAUUUCCAAAUGCAAUCUGCAGCUCAGAUUGCUCACAGAGGACCCACAGAACAAAAAGUUGGGGUAUGUGCGCUGUCAGGACUUGAGGCAGUCGUUCGAUUCCCCCGACCAGCUGGUUAUGGUGAUCAGAGCUCCACCAGAGACCCAGAUGCAAGUUUCAGAGCCCUCUGAGGGUUACCAGGUGUCGCUGAAGAGCACGCGAGGCCCGAUCGACGUCUUCCUCUGUCCAGAAGACAGCUCUGGCGUCUGCAGCCCUGUGACAGGAGGCAGUCCCUCUAAACCCAUUGCCGACCCUUCCCUUGUUCAACCUCCCACACAACCCACCGACCAAUCACAACCCAGAACCUGCUCAACAGCCCUGGAAGUGGGUUUAUCAUCUCCAGCAUCCACAUCAUCCACUGUAACAGCAGUGUCGCAACAGGACCCCUCAUCACUGGUGUUAGGCGGCGACACAGAAUCCAUCCUGGGAGGCGACCCAUUCUCCAACCUUGGAGACCUACCUGAUUUUGAUCUCUCACCGCUCUCUUCUACGGACUUCCUGAAUGGAGAGGGCCUUCCUCUCCCAUUGGAUGGUUUCAUCAACUUGUCCCCCCCUCACAGUCACGACUACCACUAUGGACUAGAGGACCAUGAAGGCAUCAGUGAACUGUUUGAUUGUGACUUUGGUGACCUGUCACAAGUUUUGGGGGACGAUUAGAAGUUAAAAAACAAAAGAAGAGGAGCGUGUGGGCAAAUGAUUAUAAAUUCAGGCCUUCUCCUCAGUGAUCUGGAGCUCCUUUAAAACAAAAAAGAAGAAAAAAAAGAAUGGGAAUCAAUAUUUUAUGGACACAUCAUUAUCAAAAAUGUAGUGUUUGCAUUGUGGGAGUUUGGAGAAAUGUUUUGUGUAUUGUUUUAAUUGUGUUCCCCGAAAUACCACCCUAACUAAAAUCUCAAAUAAUUCCCCCUAAAUUGUACAGCAUAUCAUUAGCACUUCUCUUUGGCCAUUCAAAAGUUUUAGACCAAGAGUUUAGCUUUAGAAUAGCUAUUUAAAUUAUUUAUAUGAAUGUUAUUUUCAUAUUUUGUACCUUGUGAGGUUUUCGUGUUUGAUGUUUUUUUCCCAAGCGGAUUGUGCAGGUGUUUUGUGU